CCUCCCUUCCCCAAUCGCAUUCAUUUCACCUGUUGUCUCGUAAUCUCCGUUACCUGUGUGACGUGAUCCUCCUCUCAAGCCCCUCUUGCGACCUCUUUCCCGGCCAACAGCAGAUACCAACCGAAUAAGUCCAGAUCAUGGCUGAUGAAACCGCCCCGACUGAGGAUUCGCCUAUCACCUUCACUGUCAAGUCCUCCAGUGAUGCCAAAUACACACUCACCCUUCCGUUGUCAACAACAGUGUCAGAUCUAAAAGAGAAGCUCGCAACCUCGGAAUAUGCCGAUACCCCCGCGGAACGUCAGCGCCUGAUUUAUUCCGGACGAGUUCUGAAGGACAACGAAACCCUCGGCACCUACAAUAUCAAGGAAGGACAUACCAUCCAUCUAGUCAAGAGCGCUGCCAGUAACCAACGUUCUGGAGCUUCCACGCAGACUGCCUCUACGUCGGCGCCCACUGGUGCUGCCGCCAACCCUCCCGCCACCGGGGUUCCUACGAACCUCGCAGCCGGCACGGGCAACAACCCUCUUGCGGGAUUGACGGGGGCUAGAUAUGCGGGUUUUGCGCAGCUUCCUGGUGCUGGCAUGUUUGGUCCAGACGGCGGAAUGGGCCCCCCUCCGGAUACCGACACCAUGCUGAGCAUGCUCGAGAACCCUCAAUUCCAGUCUACAAUCAACGAAGCCUUACAGAACCCUGCAAUGAUCGAUAUGAUGAUCCAGCAGAACCCCAUGCUGCGCGACAUGGGCCCCGGUGCACGGCAGAUCUUCCAGAGUCCCGAGUUCCGUCGUAUGCUCACGGACCCUAGCUCAAUUCGCCAGAUGGUGCAGAUGCAGAGAGCUAUGGGUGGCGCUGGACUUGGUGGCAGCGCUUUUCCUGCCCCGGGUGUCACUAACACAACCCCCGAAGAGAACCGUAACAUUCAAAACAACAACAAUAACGAUAGCACAUCCACCCCCAGCGCUCCGUUUAAUCCGUUCAUGCCCGCAGGCCUUGGUGCCGGCAAUCCCUUCGCCGCUCUGUUUGGAGGAAACCCGGCUUUCGGAGGAGCCCCAUCCACCGCAGCCGGCAACAGUCAGCCGGGCUCUACCGAUAGAGCAUCUGAGGGCACUACGGGUGACAAUAGCAACACUACUACUUCAGGAUCGAAUCAGCAGCAAGCGCCUCAGAACCCGUUCAGUCUUUUCAUGAACCCCGCUCUUUUUGGAGGCCAGGGCGGGCAAGGUGGUCUGAAUCCCCUUGACCCGCAACAGAACCCUUUCCUUCGGGAUCCGGCAAUGCUUCAGCAGAUGAUGCAGGCUAUGGGCGGCGCACCAGGAAAUACCGGUGCGGCUGGCAGUAAUCCCUUUGCUGCACUUUUUGGGGAAGGCUUUGGGGCUCCUGCUGCUCCUCAAGACAACCGUCCUCCCGAAGAACGCUACGCCGAACAGCUCCGUCAACUGAACGAUAUGGGAUUCUAUGAGUUUGAGAGAAACAUCGCAGCUCUGCGUCGGUCUGGCGGUAGUGUGCAAGGAGCGGUGGAAUACCUCUUGAGCAACCUUUAGGCUUAUCAUGUCUGCAGAGGUGACGCGACCGAACGGGAUCGAUGUUGAUUACUUUCUCUUCGGUUACUUCUCAAGGGUGCAUUGCCUGCACUUGUCUGAAUGUGGUAUGACAGUUUGAUAUUGGCGGAUUGGCAGUUCUUAUGAUUUUUAUUACCCUUUCUGCAUGCUCUUUCCAAGGAGAAGUGAGGUUGAAAUUGGCUUGGACAGCCUUUGUGUAUUAGUUCGCUCACGGCCUUAUCUGGAAGGGCUUGUUCUUUUAAGCCGAUUCAUGAAUGAAGAUAAUUUCUCUUGCG